GUCAUCAAGCCGCCCUUAACGCACGGCUUGAAGAUCGGUGGCCGGCACUUCGUGUUCCUGGGAUGCUCGACCAGUCAGCUGCGAAGCCACGGUGUCUGGUUCUACGCCCGAGACACGGAGGGCCGCACCGCCGACUCGAUACGCAUGGGUGUCGGUGAUCUGUCGGCAAUCCACAGCGUUCCCAAGCUCAUGGCACGGCUUGGGCAGGCCUUCUCCCAGUCGCUGGGGUAUCUUACUGUGCCAAGCCAGUUCACGAGCAUUGAGCCAGACAUCAAGAAAAUGAUAGCGACCUGCAGGUCCGGAGAGACCCUGCAGCGAGAGUACGUGUUUAGCGAUGGCAUCAGGCGCAUCUCGCACGUCUUGCUGCGCAAGGAAGGCGAGGAACCAUGCGCCGUGCAGAUUCGUUACGGCUGUUGCAAGGGCAUGCUGCUUCUCGAUCCGAUGGCCGGACGAAGGAUCGUCUUUCGUCAGAGCAUGUGCAAAUUCAUGCUCAGAGCAUGUGCAUGUGCAUGGGUCCUAUGCACGUAUUCUGCAAUGCUACUUCCAUACAAGGAACUUGCUGGUGUUGGCGUCGACCUCACCGUGGAGCCAUUCUUUCGAGCCUUAGUCCGGGCUGUCAACAGGAAGGCUCUGUGCAAGUACAAGGAACUGAAGACCAAGGCUCGCAUCUUGGUUCCGCCUGCCUUCGGUCGCACCAUGUUCGGCGUGCUGGACGAAACGGGCACACUCGAGUACGGCCAGGUGUUUGUACAGUACUCGAACGAUAUGCUGCAAUACAAGGUCAAUGAUCCUGCGACGAUCUUGGAAGGUGACGUCAUUGUGACGAAGAACCCGUGUAUGCAUCCCGGUGACAUCCGCAAGCUGACCGCUGUGAACGUGCCCCAGCUGCACCACGUGCGUGACUGCAUUGUCUUUCCGGCCAAGGGCGACAGACCGCAUCCAGAUGAGAUGGCGGGCUCUGACCUCGAUGGCGACGAGUACUCUGUGCUGUGGUAUGCUGAUCUCAUCUUCAGGACAAACUGCAGCCCGAUGCAAUACUACAGCGAUCCACCCCGUGAGCAGAAAACACCGAUUCAGGUGCAGGACAUGAUUGACUUUUUCUGCCAGUACAUCAAGGGGGACAAGAUCGGCCUCAUAGCGAAUGCGCACCUCGUGUGGGCGGACUUGCUGGACGCCGGCAUCAAUUCGCGCCGCUGCCGCGAUCUGGCGCGCAAGUGCUCGGUCAACCUGGACUUCGCAAAGUGCGGCGACUUGAAAGGGUUGCAAAACUCCGAGAAGCCACCCAUGUACCCGGACUUCAUGGAGAAGCAGGGCGCCAAGAACACGUACUGCUCGCGAAAGGUCCUGGGCCAGCUGUACAGGAACUGCAAGAAGGUUCAGCUGAGCACCGAGUACCUGGACGUUGUAGAGAACACAUUACCUGAUCCGCGGUUGCUGCUGGAAGGACGAGAAGCUUUCUUGAAAGAAGCGAGGACUUCCUACCGAAGGUACGCAAUGAAGAUUCGGGCGCUGCUGAAGUCGUACCGCAUCGACAGCGAGAGCGAAGCCCUCUCCGGUGCGGUGUCCAAGUUCAGCAUGUUCGUGCAAGAGAAGAGCGACCCCACGGACGUGUGUAUGGUUCUCGAGAGCCAAGUGGAACACGUGAUUCGCAAGACGCGCGAGGAAUUCUUCUCCCACACUGUCAGUCAACUGCAGGAGAACUUGAAGGCCUCGGCGUGGUACCAGGUCACGUACGAGCUGCAGGCGUCAGAGGGAGGCAUUCAGAGCUUUCCGUGGGUCGUGCCUGACGUGAUAAUGCGCAUUCUGGCGGAUGCUAGCCAGUCAGCAUGCGACGCCGUGGCCCCUUCUCGCAACAGCUUCACGCAACGGCUGGGCGCCCUUCUGCUUGAUAGGACGCCGGCCGGCGGCGAUGGACCGAGUUCAGCGGACCCGAAAGACGAGGCUCGACUCCUCAACAACCUGCUGAAGAUGAUGUACGACUGGAUAGACUGCAAUCGGGAGUUCCUCUUCGUGAAAGAGCCCCAGGAGGUCGUCAUCUACAGGAACAUCAUGCGGGAGGCCUGCGUCAAG